CUGCGCUGUUUGCCUCAGCAGUUCUCAGUUGCAUUGAGCGUCUUGUGCUGAGGGGACAGAGCAGAGCUGCGCUCAGUGGGGCUGAACUAGUUCAGAUCACUGUUAAGUAGAAACAGAUCGGACCAAGCAGACGGGCUGAACAGCUGAAACAAUCUAGACCAGUUUUGCUUUCCUUAGCUGAAAGUGAUAAUGUGGGAGUUUUUUUUUAGAUGUUCAUGCUGACCAGGUGACAGAAAGUAUCCUUAGCUCUUCUCCUUCUGGUAACAAACUUUAAGCUGUCAUUAUGUAAAUCAAUUAUUGGUAUUUAUGUCAAUUUUCCUAGUGUUAAAGUUGGGAAUUAAAGAGAUACCGUGCCAAAGCUUCAACCCUUUGCAGGAUUCUGGACUCUUAUUUUGGCUUUUGACCUGUGGAACAGGAAAUUGUUUUUGAUCUGGCAGGAGACGAGACCUGCUGUGAGCCAGCCUGGAGAGACCCACCAGCAUUUUUCCAUAAUCAUUGGACAACAGGACCUUUUUUCUUACAACCACUUUUUCCAGCUGAACCAGACCUGACAUUGUCUACACAAGGAGCUGUUUAUUUAAAGGACUUGUCUGGACUGCUUUGCCCCAGAGGAUCAUGGGCUUUCUUUGGGGCAGCAUUCUCCUGCUGUGUGGGGUGGUUCUGAUCAGGACGGAGGGCAGCAAACCCCAACAGACCAAGAACAAUAUUCCACGGCUAAAACUCUCUUAUAAAGAGAUGUUGGAGUCUAACAACCUAAUAACAUUUGAAGGCCUUGCUAAUAGUUCAGCUUACCACACUUUCAUGUUGGAUGAGGAGAAAGGACGACUUCUGGUUGGAGCCAAGGAUCACAUCUUCUCCUUUAACCUCCUCAAUAUCAGCAAAGACCAAGCGCAGAUCGCUUGGACAGCUUCUUCCACCAGAAGGGACGAAUGCAAGUGGGCAGGAAAAGAUCUAUCGAGAGACUGUGCAAACUUCAUAAAGGUGCUGCUGCCAUUCAACCAAACCCAUUUCUAUGUGUGUGGAACAGGAGCCUUCCAUCCAGUGUGUUCCUACCUGGAGGUGGGCAAGAAACCAGAGGAUAGUUUGUUCAGACUGGAGCCGCAUGUAGAAAACGGCAGAGGGAAGAGUCCCUAUGAUCCUAAGUUGCUGACUGCAUCCAUGCUAAUUGAUGGGGAGUUGUAUGCUGGAACAUCAGCUGACUUCAUGGGGCGGGACUUUGCCAUCUUUCGCACUCUUGGUAAACAUCAUCCAAUCAGGACAGAGCAACAUGACUCCCGUUGGCUCAACGAGCCAAGGUUUUUGGGCGUUCAUCUCAUCCCAGAAAACGACAACCCAGAAGAUGACAAAAUCUACUUGUUCUUCAGAGAAAACGCCAUGGAGGGAGAGCACGCUGGAAAGGCUACAUAUGCUCGCAUUGGACAGCUUUGCAAAAAUGACCUGGGGGGUCACAGGAGCCUGGUCAACAAGUGGACGACCUUCUUGAAGGCUCGACUGAUUUGCUCCGUGCCAGGCAGUAACGGGAUAGACACCCACUUUGAUGAACUACAGGAUGUUUUCCUUAUGAGCACAAAGGAUCCCAAGAGCCCAAUCGUCUAUGGAGUAUUUACCACUUCCAGUAAUGUUUUCAAAGGUUCAGCGGUGUGUAUGUACAGCAUGACAGACGUCAGAAGGGCUUUCCUGGGGCCAUAUGCUCACAGGGAUGGACCAAACUAUCAGUGGGUUCCCUUCCAGGGCCGUGUUCCCUACCCCCGGCCUGGAACAUGCCCAAGCAAGACCUUUGGUGGAUUCAAUACAACCAAAGAGUUUCCGGAUGAAGUCGUCACCUUUGCCAGAAGUCACCCAGCCAUGUUCAACCCCAUCUAUCCGAUCAACAAUCAACCAAUCGUAGUCAAAACAGACGUGGAUUACCAGUUCACCCAAAUAGUAGUUGACAAAGUAGAAGCUGAAGAUGGCCUGUAUGAUGUUAUGUUCAUAGGCACAGACAUGGGAACUAUUUUGAAAGUUGUUUCCAUUCCCAGAGGAUCCUGGCAUGACUUAGAAGAAGUUCUAUUAGAAGAAAUGACUGUAUUCAGGAAACCAGUUGCCAUAAAAGCCAUGGAACUUUCAACUAAACAGCAACAACUGUAUCUUGGGUCAGACAUCGGAGUGUCUCAGAUGCCUUUACACCGCUGUGAGGUUUAUGGAAAGGCUUGUGCUGAAUGCUGUCUGGCAAGGGAUCCUUACUGUGCAUGGGAUGGCACAGAAUGCUCCAGAUACUUCCCUAUGGCUAAGAGGAGAACAAGAAGGCAAGAUAUCAGGAAUGGAGACCCACUCACCCAGUGUUCAGAUCUGCAGCACCACGAUGAACUGAGUGGACAGGCGACUCUGCUGGAUAAAACUGUGUAUGGUGUGGAGAACAGCAGCACUUUUCUAGAGUGCAGUCCCAAGUCUCAGAGAGCCACCACGUACUGGCAGUAUCAGCGCUCCGCUGAAGAGCGAAAACAAGAGAUCAGAUCAGAGGAAGGCUUCAUCCACACAGACCAAGGUCUCCUGAUUCGGACUCUCAGCAAGAAGGAUUCAGGCACUUAUCUGUGUCAGGCAGUGGAGCAUGGCUUCAUGCAAAUCAUUUUGAGGGUUAACCUUGAAGUCAUUGAUGCUGACCGGCUGCAGGAUCUUUUGCAUCGUGGUGAAGAUGCAGCAACCAGCGUCCACGCUCAGGAGUUUACAUCUAGAGAACCUCCCAAUCAAAAGCUUUGGUACAGAGACUUCCUCUCUUUGGUCAAUCACCCGACCCUGAACACUGUGGACGACUUCUGCGACCAGGUAUGGAAGCGGGAGAGGAAGCACAAGAAGCAGAAAGCUCACCUGGUACAGCAGGUGCAAACACAGCAGCAGCAGCAGCAAAAAGGAGUAGUGAACGCUCAGAAUAGCGUGCACAUGCAAGGAAUGGCAUCCAAGUGGAAACACCUGCAAGAGAGGCAGAAGGGUCGCAAUCGCAGGACCCAUGAGCUGGAGAGAGCCCCUCGCAGCGUCUGACCUGUGACCUGCUGAGGCUUCAGACCACAACCAGAUCUCAUUCUAUACACCUGAUAAACAUUUCAUUUUCCCCUUCAUCAUGUGAAAAAGACAUCCACCAAGAUGGAAUGGGAUAAAAAAAAUUAAGUAAAAAACACAACUCUGAUCUGCCAGCUGCUAUGCUCUGUAUGUGGGCAGCCAUGUUUAAGGUACCACAGAACAGACAACCGCAGGAAACAGGAUGUUGAGUGUCAUCCACGACCAUUGGGACAUGUUAUGUCAGCUGGACCUGAACUAUGCAGAGGGUCAGAGGUCAACCAGCACAAGACCUGAACACAAAAAACCUUCUACAUAGACACCACUGACUUAUUUGUCGAUGACAUUGCUUCAUGGUGUUGUAGUCAGAUGUUUUUCUUAGAUGACCGCAUACCUAAAAUAGAAAGAAAGGAUUUUCUGUCUCACACAAGAAACACAAUUAGAUGAGAUUUGACUAAAAUAAUCAGGAAGAUAACUGGACUUGAUACAUUUAGAUAAUAUCAACUUGUAAAAUCAGCUUAAUAAACAAGCAUGACUGCCCCAAAACUGCAAGAAACUAAGAGGAGCAUGCAGUUUAACAAAUGUAAUCAUGUAGUUAGGAUGUGUAAAUAUUUUCUUCUACAAAAUCUCCUCACAAGAAAGGGACUAGCUUGCAUUUCUCCGGUUGGUUCAUGCUGACGGUCAAAUCAAACCUUAUUUAAAACAAAGUGUGCAACAUAUUCAUAACCCGGGAGAUUUUAUACUUUGUGUGUAAGUGUGUGUUUGAGAGUGUGUGUCCAUGCCCUAAAUAAGCUCCCAUAACAAAAAAGAUUUCAUUUUAUUUUUCAGAAUCUUUCUUAGCAUUUAAAAAAUUAUAAUUUUCAUUCUGACCUCUUCCAUGUUUAUUUAUUGGUAAACAAUUCUAUGUGUUGUGUUUUUUAUUCAUGUACAGUCUUUUUUUCCCAGAGUUUAUAAUUCACAGGACCAAUUUGGUAAAAGAUAAUAAAAAUGUUGUUCAUCACCAACAAAUAACUGCAAGUUUUAAUCGAUUUCACAUAUCCACAGCACUGAACACAAGCCAGUAUCCAUGCUGUACUGUAUUUUCUACACAUGUCCAUAUUUAUCACCGACAGUGAAGUGUGACGCACUUUCAUUUCGUCGCACGUAACAUAAAACUAAAGAUCUAGUUUUAAAAGCAGCGCACAAGCAAACACAAACCCCGACUGUAGCUGUGAACAUCAUGUAAAGUUAAAUACUUCUAUGACACCAGUGCAUGUGAAUACCGGCGUCGCGUUCUUGUUUUGCUUCCUAGUCUGAUGUCGUCACUGUUAAGCUGUUGCUUGCUCAUGCAGUACACAAUAGUAGCAAUCGUGUAAAUAAUGCUUAUGAGGGUCCUCCUAACAGUAUCUAAAUAGGAACUCGACAAGAAGAGUCUGUUCACCGACCUCAGUCUGUUCACGUCCAUUUCAAUAACAAUAGACAAUAAAAAGCUUUGCAAAACAUCGUUGUGUCAGAAGACUGUAAAUGCCUGUUUGCAAGCCUUUUGUAAGCCGUGCUGGAGGAAGACGAGAAGCAGCUGGAGCCGGCCUCGGGAGAUUUUAGUUUAAUGAGACAAGCCGAACACCAGAGUAGUGGAAGUGCAUGUGAUAAGAGCGUCUGUACGAGCACGAAAACAUAGGAGGCCUGUCUGACAAAUGGUGGGAGGGAAGGAAACGGAGUGCUGCUGUUGCUGCUUUUUUGGCAUAACAAUAUUAACGGUGAUGUAUUCUACUGAUGUAAUAAAUAUGUGUCUUCAUGAAGUGCUGGUUUCAAUAAAUCUGUUUUUGAUAGGUGCUUGUCUAUGUU